UGGCACCACCACUGAUCAAAGGCCCAAGCCAACUAGGUCUUGUGCGUUUCUAAGAAAGAUGGAAAGGAAGGCAGAGAAGGAGAGAGUGUGCGUGACUGGUGCAGGAGGGUAUAUAGCUUCGUGGGUCGUCAAGUUUCUCCUCUCAAAGGGUUAUAUUGUUCAUGGAACGGUCAGAGACCCAAGUGAUGAAAAGAACAGCCAUCUAAAGAAAUUGGAGAAGGCUUUGGAGAAUCUUCAACUUUUUAAGACAGAUUUGCUGGACUAUGAAGGCCUUUGCGCUGCCUUUGCUGGAUGCUCUGGGGUUCUCCAUGUUGCCAGCCCAGUCCCUAUUGGCCCAAUAUCUAACCCUGAGAAUUUUACCCAGGAGGAACUGAUUGAACCAGCUGUAGUGGGCACACGUAAUGUCUUAAGCGCAUGUGAGAAGGCCAAAGUGAAGAAAGUUGUGGUUGUUUCAUCCGCUGGUGCUGUCGCCGUCACCCCCAACAGGCCUAAGGAUCGGCCCAUGGACGAAGAGUGUUGGUCUGACCUUGAAUAUUGCAAGGCAACUCAGAAUUAUUAUUGCCUUGCCAAAACAAUAGCAGAGAGUGAAGCCCUGGAGCAUACAAAGAAAAGUGAGCUCAACAUUGUAACAGUUUGUCCAUCCUUUGUAUUCGGGCCAAUGCUGCAAUCCACAAUGAAUGGCAGCUGCUUGCUUCUCCUAUCAUUUAUGAAAGAUGGUGGCGAAUCAGUGAAAAAUAUUGUUUAUCCUGUUGUUGAUGUGCGCGAUGUGGCUGAAUCAAUUCUGCUGGCAUAUGAGAACCCUGAUGCAGUGGGAAGAUACAUAUGCUCAGCACACUCAAUCCAAGCUCAAGCUUUAGCAGAGAAGUUGAAGAGCAUGUAUCCUAACUACAACUACCCUAAAAGUUACAUUGAAGAUGAGAAGGAUGUUGAGUUAAGUUCAGAGAAGUUGCAGAGUCUGGGAUGGAAGUAUAGGCCGUUGGAAGAGACACUUGUGGAUGCAGUUAGAAACUAUGAAGAGAAUGGCUUCUUGGUUGAACACUAGUCCGUAUCCCAGAGGGUGGGUGCUGCUGAAGCAUUUUCAGAACCGUAUCCACAUUUGGUGGUUGCUCUGCAUUUUUAAUCUCUGUCACAAUUCAAUGAAAGACUUUGUAUUCUAAAAGCGGUUGUUGAUCGUGAACUUUUUAGAAGAAGAAGAAAUAAUGGUGCUUAAAGAAUUAGGAUCGGUUAAAUUUGUGUCAACACAAAAUAUUGAGAAUGCUCAUGGAAUAGGAGAUCUCUGGUUGAAUCUUUAUAUCAA